UCGUCACUUUAUUAAAGGUGGCUGAUCUAAACAAUUCAGAAAAAAAUCUUUAAAAUAAUGGUAUUUUUCUGUGAAACUGCCAGCAUUGUCACUUCAUUAAAGGUGUUUGAUCGUAAUAACUUGGAGAAACUCUGUAGAAUAAAGGUAUUUUUUUCUGCAGAGUUUGCAUCGUCACUUUAUUAAAGGUGCUUGAUCUUAAUAAUUUAGUAAAAAUCUGUAAAAUUACGAUAUUUUUCCACAAAACGUUUCUGGAAAAAUUCUGUAAAUAUAAUGUUUAUGAUCAUUAUUUGGUUUACAAUGUUUUACUUUAAUUUUAUGGUUUUCGUUUGACAGCCGUAGCUGCCAGUUGAGGACUGUUGUUUUUUUUUUUACAGAUUUUUUUUGUACAGAGUAGACAAAUGUGCAGUUUGGCUCAGUGGACUCUUAGGGCCGCUGUUGAUCCAUAGAAAAGCAGUGUUGGCUGUGAGGUUGUUUCAUGCAGCGACUCUCAUGUUGUUUGCGCAUACAAGAGAGAGACGACGACAAAGAACGCAGCGCUGGAACAAUUACGCACUUGGAGAAGCGGUCAGAAUUGUGUUUUUUCCUCACGGAUAUCAAACAUCUACACUUGGCGUCGAAUGGGAUGUAUUCUUAGUGGAUUGUAAAAGCUCGAAUUUGUGCAGGAAUAGAACAAUGCCAAGGCAAGUGCUACUCUUUAUUUUUUUCCUCUGCGUCGCCUGCGUGCUCGGGCAGGUCAGCUACUCCAUCCCGGAGGAGAUGCCCAAAGGAUCUCUCAUCGGCAACAUCGCUCAGGAUCUAGGUUUGCAACCCAAACGUCUUUUGUUAGGAAAAGCGCGCAUUUAUAACCGAGAUGGCGACAACUACAUGGAGCUAAAUAGAGAGAGAGGAGUCCUGCUGCUGAAAGAAAGGAUCGACAGGGAGGCCUUGUGCAGACAGUCGACGACGUGCGCUUUGCACUUCCAAAUCAUUUUAGAGAACCCCAUGCAAUUUUACAGCAUAGCAGUUCAAAUUACAGACAUCAAUGAUAACGCGCCGACAUUUGACGGGGGCGAAAUGAAAUUUAAAAUAAGCGAAUCUGCAACCACCGGAGCAAAAUUCGUCCUAGAAAGGGCGGUGGACUUUGAUGUGGGAAUUAACGGCAUUGGUAAUUACGAGCUCAAACCAACUGAUCAUUUUGCUCUUAAAUUACAAAAUAAUGCGGAUGGGAAUAAGAACGUCGAGAUGGUUUUACAGAAGCCUUUAGACAGAGAGAGAGAGGAGCAGAUGUCUCUGGUGUUAACGGCUGUAGAUGGAGGAGAACCGCGCAUGUCAGGAACAAUGUUGAUUCAUAUUACAGUGUUAGAUGUUAAUGAUAAUGCCCCAAUUUUUACACAGCAUACAUACAAAGCUACUGUUACUGAAAAUUCACCUGCAGGAACAAUUGUGGCUACUGUCACUGCCUCUGAUGCAGACCAGGGCUCCAACGCUAAAAUAACCUAUUCGAUAACAAAUGCACUGGAUGAUGUCAGGAAAAUGUUUGAGGUCGACAAAGAAACCGGAGAAGUAAAGUUGAUCGGAAAUAUUGAUUUUGAGCAGUCCCGAAAUUAUCAGAUAAACAUACUGGCAAGUGAUGAAGGAGGCCUCACGGAUUCAUGUAAAAUAAUUAUUGACGUGCAAGACAUGAAUGACAAUAAGCCCGAAAUCAGCAUAAUGUCUAAGUCAAAUAUCAUUUCUGAAGAUGCUCAACUGGAUACAGUUGUGACGAUGAUAAACAUAGAAGAUAAGGACUCUGGAGAAAAUGGAAAUGUUUUAUGCUUUAUAAGUGAAAAUAUGCCAUUCAUUUUAAAAACGUCAACAAAUAACUUUUAUAGUUUAGUGACGGACAGUGAAUUGGACCGAGAGAGGUCAAGUGAGUAUAACAUCACAGUGAUGUGCUCUGAUGAGGGAGUGCCCCCCCUCUCCAGCAGCGUCACUCUCACCUUACACAUCUCAGACGUGAACGACAACGCACCUGUCUUUGAGAGGAGCUCUUAUGAGGCCUCCAUUGUAGAAAACAACACUCCAGGUCUUUCUGUAUUCACAGUGAAAGCCAGAGACGCUGACUGGAACCAGAACGCUCGCCUCUCUUACAUGCUGGAGGACUCCUCUGUUAACGGAGUGCCAGUCUCCUCAUAUGUGUCUGUUAGUGCUGAUAGUGGAGUCAUCCAUGCAGUGCGCUCUUUUGACUACGAGCACCUGAAAGAGUUUAAUUUCCGGGUCAGAGCUCAGGAUGGAGGUUCUCCUCCUCUCAGCAGCAACGUGAGCGUCCGCGUCAUAAUCCAGGACCAAAAUGACAACGCCCCCCAGGUUCUGUACCCGGUCCAGACGGGCGGCUCGGUGCUGGCUGAAAUGGUGCCUCGUUCAGCAGAUGUGGGCUAUCUGGUGACUAAAGUGGUGGCUGUUGAUGUGGACUCUGGACAGAACGCCUGGCUCUCCUAUAAAGUGCACAAAGCCACAGACAGGGCGCUGUUUGAAGUGGGCCUACACAAUGGAGAAAUAAGAACUGUCCGCCAAGUCACUGAUAAAGAUGCCGUCAAGCAAAGACUGAGUGUUCUAGUGGAGGACAACGGGCAGCCCUCUCGUUCAGCUACAGUCAUUGUUAACGUGGCGGUGGCGGACAGCUUCCCUGAAGUGCUGUCAGAGUUCACUGACUUUAGCAUGCACGACAAGGAGUACAAUGACAAGCUGACUUUUUACUUAGUCUUGGCUUUGGCUGUGGUCUCCUUCCUCUUCAUCACCUGCUUGCUGCUCAUCAUAUCAGUCAAAGUGUACAGGUGGAGACAGUCUCGCGUCCUGUACCACUCCAACCUCCCUGUCAUUCCGUAUUAUCCACCACGUUACUCAGACACUUUGGGGACAGGGACUCUCCAACACGUGUACAAUUACGAGGUGUGCAGGACCACCGACUCCAGAAAAAGUGACUUUAAGUUGGACAGAGCUGCGAGUCACAACGUGCUGGUAAUGGACCCCAGUUCUACAGGAACCAUGCAGAAGAUACACAGUGAAAGGAACAUUUUGGAUGAACCCGACUCUCCUUUAGAGGUUAGUUUAAAAUAAUUUGAAUGUGGAAUGUUCUUUUUGGGAUUGUUUAAAUUAUGUUAUUGUCACCUUUUACCUUAAAACCUCCAUAAAUUAUGAAAAUAUGAAGUACUUAGUGUUUUGAUUUAUUUUGUAGGUGUUCAAUGUGAAACAUGCGUGCAGUCAUAGUACAGAUGCGGAUUAGCACCAUGGGCAACUGAGAAAUGUUUUCUUAAUGGUUGGGCUUUCUUUAACUCAACACACGUGCGUCAUUUUAACGUUGAUGUGAAAUCUACAUGGUUUAAUAUGUUAAUCUUCCUAUCCAUGCAAUUUUCAAUAACAUCUACUACUGACUGUCGGUAAAUUACAUGUCAUAAAGUGUUACAGAAGUAAAAAAUACAGUCUUAUAGAAUAUG